UGAAUCAAUAAGAUAUGAAAUGAAAAAUGGAGUUUCGAACUUCCUGGCUGGUAAUGGGUUUUGAACCACAGGAGGUUGCUGUUAAGAAGUUCCUAGACCAGGAUUUCUCGGGUGCUGCUUUGGCUGAAUUCAAAAGAGAAAAUGCAAGACACCCGGAGAGGGAGACAACCGGAGUUCCCUCUUUUGGUGAGCUCCAUGUGGCUGCCACUUUACAACCAUUGUAUUGCAGCUUUGACACCACAACUCUAACAGAAGUUAUUAUUCUGGGGAGCAAAGAUAUCCUUGUGCAUAAUCUGGAACCGGGUGGAAUGAAGAAGAUGCCGGGGGAAUGGAAUAUCCUUAUUCUCCACUAAAGUUGGAGAAGAUGUGGCAAAAUGAGGCAAAGUUAAAAAAUUUUGAUGGUAAAAAUGACACCAAUCUGCUUGCUGAAUCAAAUUAAAUCACAUAU